CGAUCAAUGUGUCAAACUGUCACUUAGUGCGCUCAGAGGUUGGGCCAGCGUUAUCCGGUUAGGAAAGUUUCAUGUUUGGCUCAGAAAUGGCAAGACUGUUUAGUUGGUCGAUAGCCGUAUUGGUUCUUACAGCAUCGACGCCACUGGUCUGUGGCCACGGCCGGCUUAUAUCACCCCCGUCACGGUCGUCGAUGUGGAGGUUGGGCUAUCCCACUAUACCGAACUACACCGAUAAUGAACUUUUCUGCGGUGGAUUCGAACGUAAAAAAGCUAACGAAAUGCGUUGUGGGGUCUGUGGGGAUCCAUACGAUGCACCUUCUCCGCAAGACAAUGCAAUGGGUGGAAAGUAUUACACAGGCAUCAUUACGAAAAAUUAUAGCGCGGGAGAGGAAAUCACAGCUACGGUUGAGUUGACUGCAAACCAUGACGGGUUCUUCGAAUUUAAACUUUGUCCGGUUAAUGGCAACGCGUCUCUAGAAACUGAUCAGUGCAUGAGAGAGCAUCCUAUGGAGGUCAUUGGUAAAAGACGACGUGGUAGCUACCCAUACCGUUAUUACGUGCCAAUCAAAAGGGCGGGAAUAUUCAAUGUACGACUUCGAGUUCCGAAUAUUUCGUGCACACAAUGUGUCUUCCAAUGGACGUACACUGCUGGCAACAAUUGGGGAACCUGUGAUGAUGGUAUCCAGGAGGUGGGUUGUGGGCCUCAGGAAACGUUCCGUGGUUGUGCAGAUGUCUCCAUCACAAAAGACAACGGUGGACAACCACCUUUCCCCUUACCUUCACCUAAACCACAAUUUUCUACUUUUAGACCUCUUCCAUUGCCGGGCCCAAACAAAAAGUGCGUCGCUAUAGGCCGCUAUGCAACACAGCCCGGAAUGGAUAACUGGUGCACUACCAACUGUAAACACAGACCACCAAAUUGCCCUCCGUCCAUAUGUUCAUGUAAUUAAGCUGCUUCAAAAAGGAUUUCUAAAAACAUGGCAUUGGGUAUCAGUACUCCAAUGGAAAGUUGUUGCCUGACGGUAGCAAAGGAAUUGCUUCUCUUCUAAGAUUAUCUCGAAACGCAUACAAACUACACCUAAGCAAAUCGCUAUGUGACCACCUGAACAGUUGAUUGAGGUAGCUCAAGAUGUAUUCAACAAUAACAUUGAUAAUUUCUUCGUCCGAGUAAGCGUACCUAGCGCUUUCUACUCAAUUGUUCCUUACCUAAACGUAAAAAGCCGAUCCUACCGAACCCUGAUGCAAUAUCCAUCAGCUCAGUGGUACUGACUCCGAACUUAUAUUGACUGGAGCAUACGAAUUAUAUGUAAAUGCAAUGGUAUUGUGUUUUCGAAGUUUUAUCUACUAGGCUGCUCAUGCUAUUACUGUGUUUUUAAAUAAAGAGCAUAUGUA